AUGUCGUCUUCGUUGAGGGCUCCUGAACCUUUUUCUUUCGGGGCCAGUGAUUUGGCGGCCCAGUGGGGUCUGUGGCGUAAACAGUUUACGUGGUACUUAGUGGCUACAAAUGCAAAUGGCGGCCUUAACGUGGAUGAAGAGCAGAUGGUGGGCGUGCUCAUCACUCUUCUUGGCAGUGAGGGCCUCAAAAUUUACGAUACUUUUGUGUUCAAUCCAGCCUCCGAUGCCAGAAAAAUUACGCCGGUGUUAGACAAGUUCACUGCCCAUUUUGAGCCCCGACGCAGUGAAGUUUUCGAGCGUUUUAAAUUCCUGCGUCGUCAUCAACUCCCUGGUGAAUCUUUUGAUUCGUGGCUAAUUGAUCUUCGUGGUCUAGUGAACUCGUGUGGCUAUGGUGCUGGUGUUGAUUCAGUCUUACGGGACCAAAUAGUACUCGGUGUGGCUGAUCCUUACGUCCGUGAAAAGCUGCUGUAUGAAAAGGAUUUGCUGCUCCCCACCGCGUGUGAAAUUGUGCGUGCGUGUGAGUCAUCUAAAGCCCAGCUCAGUCACAUCACCACGUCAUCGACAGCUGAAGCCGCGCACGCCGUUCAGAGCCGACCGGGUGGCCGGAAGGUCGAGAGAAAGCCGGAAUCGUCGUUCAGAGCUCAGCAUGAACAGCAGCCGUCCGCUAAUCAACACGCAGCCCAGCAGUAUCCCAAGUGUAAAGAUUGCGGCCGGCCUCAUCGAAAAUAUCAGUGUCGAGUCACCAAUUUUACGUGUUAUAAUUGCAACGUGGUCGGCCAUAUAUCCAGUUGCUGUCCGAAUCCACCCAAGUCCCGCCAGAUGUCAGCACGUCCAGCACCAAACCCCGCGCCCAAAGUUCAUGCUGUGGAGGAGGAGACGCGCUGGAUUGGUGAGGUCGAACGUGGCGGCACGGCGAUGGCCCUCCCGCGGUCAUUUGAAGAAAGUUACUACGUCUCUCAUGCCCUAACGUCGUCUGGUAGUGAAUCUGAGUGGCACCAAGACGUGACAGUAGAUGGCGUUAAAAUUAACUUCAAGCUUGAUUCGGGCGCCACAUGCAACAUUCUGCCGUAUGAGUCGUUUGCUCGGCUGCCCAAAACACGCCGCUGUCUUCGCCCUGGGCCCAUUGUUCGCAGUUAUCGUUCACAAGAUGGCCUCUUACGCGUGCUCGGAUUGCACACAGCCAAGGUGGUUCACAGAGGCGCUUUGUUUGUCAUCGACUUUGUCGUGGUUGACGAGCCUGGCCAGCCACCCCUUCUAGGACUCCCGUCUUGCGACAAGCUGAACUUGAUUCGAAGAGUCGAUGCUGUUCAGUCGCCAGUAGACGCUCCGCUGCCGCCAAUAGUCGUGGAGUUUAUGGACGUCUUCGAAGGAUUAGGUAAAUUACCUAUAGAACAUGACAUUAGACUGCUGUCAGGUGCUAAUCGCGUGGAUCCUGUUGUGUGUGCAGCCAGUCGACUUCCUUUCCGGCUGGAGGAUCGCGUUUUCAAGAAGUUGGACGAAAUGGUCAACGACAAAAUCCUCACCCCCGUGCAAGAGCCAACUGAGUGGGUCAGCCGCAUGAUGGUGGUGGGAAAACCGGACGGUGAUGUCUGUAUUUGUCUGGACCCGUUUGAGCUCAACAAGGCUAUUCAACGUCAACAUUUUGCCAUCCCCACCAUUGAGCAGCUGUUCAGCAAGUUGGGUAAGGCUCGAUAUUUCUGCAGCCUUGAUGCUGCGUCUGGUUUCUAUCAGAUUCCUUUGUCUGAUGCAGCGUCCUAUUUGUGCACAAUGGCCACUCCGAAAGGCCGUUAUCGCUUCCUCCGGCUGCCGUUUGGGCUGAAGUCAGCCCCAGAAAUUUAUCUUCAGACGAUGAACGACUUGUUUGGAGAACUGCCCGGUGUACUCAUCUAUUUUGAUGAUUUCCUUGUAACGGGUGAAACGGAGGAGGAACUUCUCGCCAACCUUCGUCAAGUGUUUGUACGUUGCCGUCUCCAUGACUUGAAGCUUCAGUUAAAAAAGUGCAAAUUCUUCCUCCAGGAGCUCCCGUGGCUAGGCCAUGUCAUUGGCCAGGGAAUUUUAAAGCCGGACCCCCUCAAAGUUUCGGCAAUUGUGGAAAUGCCUGAUCCAACUUGUCCGGCUGAUCUCGUCCGUCUCCUGGGCAUGGUGACAUACCUGGACAAGUUCUGCCAAAAUCUCGCGGGUCUGACACGACCCUUACGUGACUUACUCAAAGCAGACGCAGCGUGGGUGUGGGAAGAGCCCCAGAAGAUGGCCCUUGGUCAGCUUAAAAGUGCAUUGUCGUCUCUUCCAGUGCUACGACUGUUGGACCACUCGCUGCCCUUGGUCGUAUCAGUCGAUGCGUCUCCCGUCGGCAUCGGUGCAGUGUUGCUUCAAAAUAACCAGCCGAUCGCGUACUCGUCAACGUCGUUAACCGUUACUCAAAAACGGUACUUUCAGAUCAAAAAGGAGCUGUUGGCGGUCCAGUUUGGACUCAUGCGCUUCCGGCAGUACGUCUAUGGCCAAAUGGUGGUGGUUGAAACCGAUCACAAGCCGUUGGUUGGCCUCCUGGAGAAGCCCAUUGCGUGUUGUUCCCCGAGAAUCCAGCGGAUGCGUCUGCAACUCCAACGAUUUGAUUUCAAGCUCGUCUACAAGCCGGGCAAGGAGCUGUUUAUCGCCGACACGCUUAGUCGGGCUCCGUCGCCCCGCCUUUUUACCGAUGACGUCACUCAAGACUGUGAGGAGCAGGUUCACGCUGUUCUUGACCUGAUAAUUCCUCAUGAUGCAACUCGUGUCAAGUUUGCUGCAGCAACGACGGCAGACCCAACUCUCCGUCUCCUGAAAGAAGUCCUUCGGCGUGGAUGGCCUGAUCACAAGGCCCAGUGUCCGGUGGCUGUAAAACCGUUCUGGCAAGUACGCCACCACUUGUCUGAAGCUGAUGGUCUGCUACUCAAUGGCAGCCGGUUGGUGGUUCCGAUUUCGCUUCGGCAGGAAGUAUUGGCUGGAAUACACGACGGCCAUUUUGGAGAGGUGAAGUGCAUCUUACGGGCAAAGUCGGCCGUUUAUUGGCCCGGGUGUGACGAGCAAAUUCGCAACAUGGUGGCCAGCUGUUCGACCUGCCAAACGCAUCGCCAUCGAAACCCAGCGCAGCCUCUUCGUCCUGUGCCGUUGCCGGUGCAUGCCUUUCAGUGGGUGUCGGCUGACAUUUUUCUGCAUGGUGGCGUUAACUACCUCCUGGUUGUUGACGCAUAUAGCAAGUGGCCAGCAUGCGUGCCGUUGCGCAGUUUAUCGUCGUCGUCCGUAGUCGCCGAAAUGGAACGCAUAUUUAGUGACUUUGGCGUUCCCGAAAUCGUCAUGUCAGACAAUGGCUCUCAGUUUGAUUGCGCCGAGUUUCGAGAGUUCUGCGAGGGCCGUUCAGUUCGGUCAGUGACGUCCAGCCCAACCUACGCGCAGUCCAAUGGUCUGGUGGAGCGCCACAUACAGACAGUGAAAAAGACGCUCUUAAAAAUGUUCACGGAUGGCCGGUCACUAUGGGAGGCCUUGGCGGCCAUUCGAUCGACUCCAAUAUCAUCGGAGCUGCCGUCUCCAGCAGUGUUAUUGCAGGGACGCCACCUUCGUGGCAGCUUGCCGUUUUUGCAAGAUCGCCUGGUUCCACAGUUUGUACCUGCCAAGUUCGUUCACGGCCAGCUCCAGCGUCGUCAGGCUACGGCUUGUUUUAAUCACGGCGGUCGUCCGGAUGUUCGUGGGUCGGCGCUCAUUAUCGGUCAACGUGUACGGGCGUUCAUCUCUGGGUUGUGGCUACCAGGUGCCGUAGAAGCUGUUUGCAGCGAACCUGACUCAUAUGUCGUUCGGUUGGCAGACGGGCGAGCUUUUCGUCGGACGCGCCGCGACAUAAAUCUUGACAACUCGCCGUCGGCAGGAUUGGCAGUGGUUCAACAGAGUGGUGAUGCUGAUGUAAUACCGUCUGCUGUUCGCGGUUAUCGCCCCGCCCCUGCUAAUCAUCUGCUACCGGCCCUGUCUUGGUCUCCGCCUGGUCCGCCUGCCCGCGCUGUGAAUGUUCCAGUUGCCCAGCGGCUUCCGGUAGCCCUGGGUCAACCGUCAAUGAUGCCACAGCCUCCGCCGGUCUUUGUCAACCCGGCGCCCGGCCCGGCAACCCCUGCAAGGCCACGUGCGGCACCCGUCUCAACCGACCAGCGUGCCACCGUCCAGCUGCCCGCUGCCCAGUCACCCCUGACAGCUUCAAGUCCGCUGGCCGUCGCGCCUCAUCGUCCGGGAUCGACUCGCUCUGGUCGCCCUUAUCUCAAGCCGUCUUAA